UAAAGUAAUCAAAUGUUUGGUCUAAUGAUAUUCUAUGUACAAUACUUCCUGUGGUCACCAGGACAGAGCUAGUCCGUCCCCCUCCACCCUGCCGGAGUCCCCUGGUCACAACUCUCCUGGUAGCGCCUUACUGCUGGGUCUGAAGAGGGUUUCUGUGCUGCUGGUCGACUGCAGGAAAACACCAGGGCAGAGUGGAACUGUGAGAGAAGGACACGAGGAGGAUGAGAAGGAAGAAGAAGGAGAUUUGAUUUCAUCAAGGGACACCCCUAACUGUCAUUCUCUCAGUGGGAGGGGCUUAUCAUCUGGGGAGCCUCAACAUCAUGUUGCUGACGAGGCAAAAAAAAGUCUCUACAGAUCAGAACAACUCAAGAAACCCCAGCAGAGAGGUUUAGGGAAGAAACCUCACCACUGCUGCUCUGACUGUGGGAAGAGUUUCACUAGAAGGAGUGGCUUCAUUAUUCACCAGCGGAUUCACACCGGAGAGAAACCAUACUGCUGCUCUCAGUGUGGGAAGAGUUUCACCUGUCCAGGAGGUCUUAAGUUACACCAUAGAAUCCAUACAGGAGAGAAUCCGUACAGAUGUUCACAGUGUGGGAAGAGUUUCGCUGCUUCUAACACCUUAAAAUCUCAUCUGAGAAUACAUACAGGGGAGAAGCCUUACCCCUGCCUUGAUUGUGGGAAAAGCUUUGUUAGUGCAGGAACCCUAACCAUACACAAGCGUGUACACACUGGAGAGAAACCUUAUAGCUGUGAUCAGUGUGGGAAGUGCUUUUCUCUUUCAGAAAAUCUAACUAUACACCGGCGCAUACACACUGGAGAGAAACCUUAUGUCUGUUAUCAGUGUGGGAAGAGCUUCACUCAGUCAGGAGACCUGACUACACACCAGCGAACACACACUGGAGAGAAGCCUUAUAAAUGUGAUCAAUGUGGAAAGAGUUUUGCUCUCGCUUCGUCCCUGACUAGACACCAGCGAACACACACUGGAGAGAAGCCUUAUAGCUGUGAUCAGUGUGGGAAGAGCUUUGCUCGAGCUUCCAACCUGUCUACACACCAGCGAACACACACUGGAGAAACACCUCACAGCUGUGAUCAGUGUGGUAAGAGUUUUAGUCAGUCAAGAGAUCUGAUUACACACCAGCGAACACACACUGGAAAGCGGCCUUAUAGUUGUGAUCAGUGUGGGAAGAGAUUUAGUCAGUCAGGGAACCUGAUUAGACACCAGCGAAUACACACUGGACAGAGGCGUUAUAGCUGUGAUCAGUGUGGGAAGAGUUUUAGUCAGUCAGGGAACCUGACAAGACACCAGCGAACACACACUGGAGAGAACCCUUAUAUCUGUGUAUGUGGAAAGAUAUUUGUUCAUUUAGGGCCAAUGAAAAAACACCAGAAAGCACAAACGUGUCUUUCAACUCCCUCCUAUCUGACACCGGUUCCAGAUCCCGGUGUUGAACGUGUUAUUGACUCUAAUAGAUCAUGUAAAAUAUUAUCCAGGAUCUUCCUGAAAAACGUUGAAGAAAGAAUAGCUUCGACGAUGGAUCGGGACAGAGCUAGUCCGUCCCCCUCCACCCUGCCAGAGUCCCCGGGUUGCAACUCUUCCGGUAGCGCUUUACUGUUGGGUCUGAAGAGGGUGUCGGUGCGGCUGGUCGACUGCAGGAAAACAGCAGGGCAGAGUGGAACUGUGAUAAAAGGACACGAGGAGGGAGAUUUGAUUUCAUCAAGGGACUCCCAUAACCAUCACUCUUUCAAUGGAAGGUACUUAUCAUCUGGGGAGCCUCAACAACAUGUUGCUGAAGAGGCAGAGAAGUGUCUCUCCAGAUCAGAUCACCUCAAGAAACACCAGCAGAGAAAUACAGUGAAGAAACCUCACCACUGUUACUCUGACUUUGGGAAGAAUUUUACUAGACUGAGGUCCUUAAUUCACCAGCAGAUUCACACUGGAGAGAAACCGUACUGCUGCUCUCAGUGUGGGAGGGGUUUUACUGCAUCUAAUGCCUUAAAAUAUCAUCUGAAAAUUCAUACAGGGGAGAGGCCUUACCCCUGCCUUGAUUGUGGGAAAAGCUUUGCUAAUUCAGGAGGCCUGACCAUACACAAGCGUUUACACACUGGAGAGAAACCUUAUAGCUGUGAACAGUGUAGGAAGAGCUUCAAUCAGUCAGGCCACCUGACUACACACCAGCGAACACACACUGGAGAGAGGCCUUAUAGCUGUGAUCAAUGUGGGAAGAGAUUCAAUCAGUCAGGAGAGCUGACUACACACCAGCGAACACACACUGGACAGAGGCCUUAUAGCUGUGAUCAAUGUGGGAAGAGAUUCAAUCAGUCAGGAGAGCUGACUACACACAAACUAACACACACUGGAGAGAGACCUUACGUCUGUCUAUGUGGAAAAGGCUUUGCUCGAGCUUCCACCCUGACUAGACACCAGCGAACACACACUGGAGAGAAACCUUAUAGCUGUGAUCAGUGUGGAAAGAGCUUUUCUCAAACUUUCUCCUUGACUAAACACAAGCUAACACACACUAGAGAGAAAGAAGCCUUAUAUCUGUGAUCAGUGUGGGAAGAGUUUCAGUCAGUUAUGGACCCUUUAUUCACACCAGUGAACACACACUGGAGAAGGAACCUUAUGUCUGUCCAGGUGGGAAGAGCUUUGUUUAUUUAGGGCCAAUGAGAAAGAAAAACCACCAGAAAACAAAAACAUGCCGUAUAUCAUUUCCCUCCCUUCUGGCACCGGUUUCAGACCCAUAAAUAAAGGACCAAUAGAACACAUCUAGUAAACAGUCAUAUCCAUCUCCCAUUCUUAAACAGUUGCCUCAGUCUGAUCACCAUGGUAACCUCUGUGCAGCAUAAUAUGCAGCUCUGAUCUAGGAUCAGGUCUCCCCUGUGUCUAUGUAAUAUCACACAUUGGGAUCUAAAUGGAUAAAUGUUAUCAUAUAAAAUGUUAUAGUGAACCUGUGUGGGGGGGGGGGAUGUUGAUAAUUGUAUCUUUCAUACACAUGAUACUAUUAUAAUGUCUUCAUGUAGAAUAAUGUUUCAACAAUAGGUGUAUAUUCAUUUUUAAAUAAAUUAUCUUCUAAACAA